AUGGGCUCGGCGGUUCCAGCGGGUUACGCCAACGCACAGAUGCGCACCGUGGUCAUCGAUGGGUUUCGUUCUGGGGCCAUGCCGUUCGAGGGCGAUGGCGACGCGCAGCGGAAAGAUGUCAAGGUCACGCCAGCGCACGUGGCAGCUGCAAUGAGAGCGCAGAGCGCCGCCGCUGCACUGGACGAGCGCAUCGCAGACGGGCCCAUCGAUGUCGCCAUCGGCGACGGAACCAUCGAAGAGAAAUUGCAAGGCGCAAUGGAGGCAAUGAAAGGGGGGGCCAUGGAUGACAAGACGGCUGACCUUGGGUUUGCGACGUUCUACGGCCUCAUCCUUGAUUGGGGUGUCAAGAGGGUCCUAGCGAAGGUGAUCACAGCCGCCAAGUUGCUCGCGUACCAGAUGGCCAUCACCCGAGGGCGCAUGGCCGACGCCGGGAACAUCGCCGAGAAGCGGGAUCUCAACGGCGGCAAGGACGUGAAGGAACACGAGCUGGAAAUGGUCAUGAAGGAGGCCGACGUGACCCAGCGGGGGGCGGGUGCGGCGCAACGCACGGCGCGGCGCCCGCUAGGAGAG